GUCACGGAAGAACGAACGAACGAACGAUCGCAGCAAUGGCUUCAUUUCGUGUGGUUUUAAUCUCCGGUUGCUCCACUGGCAUUGGCCUAGAAACUGCCGUGCUUUUAGCCAAAGAUCCCGAGAAACGUUUUAAGGUGUACGCUACGAUGAGAAACCUGGACAAAAAGACGGCCCUUGAGAAUGAGGGAAAGGAUGCACUUGGUGAUACAUUGAUUAUCAAAGCCAUGGAUGUGAGCUCUGACGAAUCUGUCAAAAGUGCCGUUGAGGAGAUAAUUGCUCAAGAAGGAAAAAUCGAUGAUCUCAUAAACAACGCUGGUGUUGGUUGUGUCGGUGUUCUGGAGUGCAUGCCUAUGGAUCAAGUCAAACAAUUAUUUGAAGUGAAUUUUUUCGGAGCUCUUCGUUUGAUCCAGGCUGUACUCCCUGGUAUGAAAGCGAGGGAGAGUGGGUACAUUGUGAAUGUCAGCAGCAUGGCUGGGGAGUUGGGCGGACCGUUUAAUGACAUCUACUGUGCGUCAAAGUUUGCUCUGGGAGGACUCACAGAGUCACUGGCACCUGUGUUAAGGCAGUUCAAAAUCAAGAUCUCAUUGGUGGAGCCCGGACCUGUUGGCACUUCGUUCUUCGCUAACAUACAGAACAUAGAUUCCUCCACCGCUGACCAAAAAACUGUCCAACUAAUGAAGAAUUGGUUUGACUACAUAAAGGGCGCACUUGGUCCGUCAAUCUCUCAGAAAGGGGAGGAGAUUGCCCAAUGCAUCAAAGAGGUUCUCCUUUCAGAGAAACCUCACUAUAGAUAUCUAACCAAUGAUAAAUGUUUUGUUGAACAGAUAAGUGCUAAGCUGGCCGAUUUUUCAGGCGAUAAGCUCCAAGAAAUAAUGGGAAAACAUUGCUUCGGUCAGAAUGAGUGAGAGAAACAGAGAAUGUGAACAAUGUCUUAACUAUCUUUUCUCAAGACAACUGCAUUAGGUUUUUUGGUAAAGAGUAACGUUGGGGUAAAGAAGCUGAUAAAGAAGCGCCUUCAAAUAAUUUUAUGCAAUAGUUUGUUAGUUAGGAAGAUUACGUAGACCGUAGAAAAAGAAAUGAUUGUAUAUCCACAGUAAAGGGGAAAUUAAUUUCAUAAUGAUUUAGAUUUCGCAAAAUGAUUCCUGUAACAAGAGCUUUGAUCUCAAUAAAAGUGUGCUUUUAAACUUCA